UUCACCUGUCCUUGUCUCUGAUUGGUCCUUGGCACCCCUAGCUCCCAAAUCCUACUAAGCAGCCCCACCAGGGUCUGUGCAGGUCCGUGGAGAGUCAGGCUCUCGGGAUCCCCAUCUAGAAGAGCUACCUGCUCAACUUGUCCCUUCAUUGACUGCUGGGACCAUGGGGGCUGGGGCUAGUGCCGAGGAGAAGCACUCCAGGGAGCUGGAAAAGAAGCUGAAAGAGGAUGCUGAGAAGGAUGCUCGAACGGUGAAACUGCUUCUUCUGGGUGCUGGUGAGUCCGGGAAAAGCACCAUCGUCAAACAGAUGAAGAUUAUCCAUCAGGAUGGGUACUCACUGGAGGAGUGCCUCGAGUUCAUUGCAAUCAUCUAUGGCAACACGCUGCAGUCCAUUCUGGCCAUUGUGCGGGCCAUGACCACUCUCAACAUCCAGUAUGGAGACUCAGCGCGCCAGGACGAUGCCCGGAAGCUGAUGCACAUGGCAGAUACCAUCGAAGAGGGCACAAUGCCCAAGGAGAUGUCAGACAUCAUCCAGCGUCUGUGGAAGGACUCAGGCAUCCAGGCCUGUUUUGAGCGCGCCUCUGAAUACCAGCUCAACGACUCAGCGGGCUACUAUCUCUCGGACCUGGAGCGGCUGGUGACCCCGGGUUAUGUACCUACCGAGCAGGAUGUGCUGCGCUCGCGAGUUAAGACCACGGGGAUCAUCGAGACCCAGUUCUCCUUCAAGGACCUCAACUUCCGGAUGUUCGAUGUGGGCGGACAGCGCUCAGAACGCAAGAAGUGGAUCCACUGUUUCGAGGGCGUCACCUGUAUCAUCUUCAUCGCCGCCCUGAGCGCCUACGACAUGGUGCUGGUGGAGGACGAUGAAGUGAACCGCAUGCACGAGAGCCUGCACCUGUUCAACAGCAUCUGUAACCACCGUUACUUCGCUACCACGUCCAUCGUGCUCUUCCUCAACAAGAAAGAUGUCUUCUCCGAGAAGAUCAAGAAGGCACACCUCAGCAUCUGCUUUCCAGACUACGACGGGCCCAACACGUACGAGGACGCGGGCAACUACAUCAAGGUGCAGUUUCUCGAACUCAACAUGCGGCGGGACGUGAAGGAAAUCUACUCCCACAUGACGUGCGCCACAGACACGCAGAAUGUCAAGUUUGUCUUUGACGCUGUCACCGACAUCAUCAUCAAAGAGAAUCUCAAAGACUGCGGCCUCUUCUGAGGUGCCUGAACUCCUGUGUGUCCCUUGCUCUGAGACUCUGUAGCCCUAGCUGCCUGUCAACCCUCCAAGACUCCAGGGCCCUCACCUACUGCCCUGCUGAAUACAGUCCCAAAGCUUUGAACCCUGAGCCUUUCAGCGCAGAUCCUCCCCCAUGUCCUCUGCCCCAGCCCUGCCCAUACUGCCUGGCUACUCUGGCCUCUUGGACCCGCAUCAGUCAGCCCCAGCGAGGACACAGCAGGACUCAGGGCCACUGGAACUCACAGUGACUCAGCACUGACCAUCUGACCAAUCUCCUGCAGCCCUCUGGAGCCCAGGGCUCACCUGGUAGGUCUGGGUUCACCAAAUAGCUCUCCCUCCCACAGUUUCAUGGAAGCUUUGCAAUGUCCCUCCCCCAGCAGCCCAGUCCAGCCCUGCCACCUCCAUGUGACAAAUCUGACAUUUGCCAACCCAGUGGCCAGCAACUGUCCCUCCCCAUAGCUUCGAGGGUCCAAAGUCCAAGCUAGCUCUGGUUUGUGCAGCCCCCAUAUAGAUAAAUUAGUGACUAGGGAGGUGGAUCUGGGAGCCCCUAGAUGUCAGGAGAGACAGAAGCUGGACCCUCCUUCUGAAUACCAGUCUCAGAAUGCCCUUCUUCCCCCUCCAGAUCUUGCCUUUCUGUCCUUGAACCCCAGAUCUGUGUCCCACCUCACCCCCACCCCACCACAGUACUCUGAGACAACUGGCCAAGUGGAUGGUGUGUUGAGGGAGGGUACUGUUGACACCAGCUAUGCCCAAUAGUCAGGUGCUCCUGAGGGGUGGCAGGGGCAGAGUCCAGCCCCUAUUGAUCAGCCCCACCCAGGCAGAAAAUUCAAGAUAGAAUGGAGCUCAGGCUAUUCCCAAAGGAGUAUACCUCUUGGGGGCUACAGGCAAACCCAAGUGACUCUUUUUGUCCCUGCCAGAAGUUCUCUGCUUGCCUGGCAAGUGCAAGGGC